AUGAACCUAUUUAAACUUGGCAGGACCGUUUCUUAUUGUUCGUUUUAUAAUGUCCUUUCAAAACCAUAUACGCAAAUGGCAACAAAUUUGGGAGCAGAUAAGGAUUUAGUCCCUCCUUCCUUUAGUGCUGAUAAUAAGGAGUAUCCAAAACACAUACAUGAGAUUGUAAAUCGUAUCAGUUCCCUAACAUUAUUAGAAGUCGCAGACUUGUCAGAACUGUUACAAAAAAAGUUAAACAUCAAGAAUACCGGGCCCAUGAUGCCUAUGAUGGUUCAAGCGCCAACAAACCAACCUCCCGAAGAGCCUGAAGAACAACAAGUGCCUACGAAAACAGCAUUUUCAGUCAAGCUAGUGAAAUUUGAUGCAGCAAAGAAAAUCCAACUUAUCAAAGAGAUCAAACAAGUUAUUCCUGAGAUGAAUCUUGUACAAGCUAAAAAAUUUGUAGAAAGUGCACCUGCCAAUAUAAAGACUGACGUGAGCAAGGACGAAGCUGAGCAAAUAAAGAAAGUAUUGGAAGAGGUUGGAGCGUCUAUUGCAAUUGAAUGA